GCCCAAUGACUGACCAGGAGAUUUUAGUGGAGGAAUACAAGACCAAUGGAAAUUCUGCCUAUCAGAAAGCAUGUUAUGAUGAAGCGGUAGAAUGGUACACUAAGGCGAUCAACGUUGAUGGCAGCAACGCACUUUUGUACAGUAACAGGGCUGCAGCCUACUUGAUGUUGACCAGAUACCAAGAGGCAUUUCAGGACGCAAGCAAGGCAAUUUUGAGAGCUCAUCCGGCUUCUGUUGAGGUUUUGUAUUAUCGAGGACUUUGUCUUUUCUAUUUGGAUCACUUGGACAAAGCUGUAAGCCAUUUUCAACACGUGUUGCGUCUUCACCCGGACCAUACAGAAACACAACAAUCUUUCAAACGGUGUAAAACUCUUUUGCGCUUGAAAGAUGAGGGAAACAGAUAUAUUCACGAGCGGCGCUAUUCCAAGGCUUAUGAAGCCUAUACAGAUGCACUGACCAUCGAUCCUCUGCAUGACGCGAUGAAUGCCAAGUUGCUUUGCAACAGGGCUUGUGCCGGUUAUAAUUUAGGAAAGUAUGAAACGGCGCUGGAGGACUGUAACCAAGCAAUUGCUCUAGACCCCUCUUAUGUCAGGGCUCAUUUGCGACGUGCCAAAUGCUACUCCAGUUUGGAAAUGUACGAUAAGGCUGUUGAAGAGUGGACAACUGUGGUAAAUAUGGACCCCAGCGAUGAACACAAACAGGGUUUGCAAAUGGCCAAAAGAGAACUGGCUCGGUCGAAGGAAAUAAACUACUACAAAGUACUUGGUGUAAAGAAAAAUGCGUCGUCAGACGAAAUCAAACAGGCCUAUAAAAAACUAGCUCUCCAGCAUCAUCCAGACCGCCACACGCAUGCAGACGAUGCAACAAGACAAGAACAAGAACAAAAGUUCAAGGAAGUCGGAGAAGCGUACAGUGUGUUAUCAGACCCACAAAAGCGCCAUCAGUAUGACAGUGGCAUGUACUCGGCCAGCGGUUUCGACGCAAGCAAAGUUCAAGCGAGGAAUUUAUUUACUCAGGUCUUCCCGAACUUCAAUACCAGUGGUUCGACCGUGCACUUUUGCUUCUCUUGAUCUCUGGAGAAAGGCAGGACCAUGUUAAUUCAUCUACUUAUAUGUACUGGAGUUGCCCCGUACUCUCUCUCUCUCGUGCUCCGCCACCUUAUAGCCAGUGUUGCACCUUUUUAUCCUGUUCUAGCAGUCUUUCUGGCAGUUUUCAAGGACUUGCAGAAACUGAACAAAGUAAAUGCACAAUUUGACUCUGUAAACUUACUGUAGAUUUCGUUUUCAUCUUCGUUGGAAUCAUUUGUAUGCGCCGGGUAUUUAAAUUC